CUCCUCCCACUCGCCUCUGCUGACUCGCGGGCCCAAGGGGGGGGGAGGAUGGUGGGGGCUGGCCUCCCCCCGCCGGGGCUGCUGGCGCUGGGGGCCGCCUUGCUGUGGCCGCCCUGCCAGGGCAACUGCGGCGAGCUGAAGUGCGGCGAGCAGGAGAGCUGCUGCAACUACGGCAACUUCACCUCGGCCGAGUUCAAGUGCUGCAAGCUGCCCUUCCACACCUUCCUCGACAACGUGGGCUGGUUCGUGCGCAAGCUCUCGGGGCUGCUCAUCCUGCUGGUGCUCUUCGCCAUCGGCUACUUCCUGCAGCGCAUCAUCUGCCCCAGCCCGCGCAGGCACAACCGGCGGCGCCCGCGGCCAGGCCAGAGGGGCGACGACGACGACGAAGAGGAAGGAGAGGAUGACGGCGACUCGGACUCGCCCGGCGGCCGGGGAAGGGGCACCCCGCUCAACGUGACGGCCGCCACCUCGCAGGACUCGCUGCUGGACAGCCGGAGCCGCGACCCGCUGCCGCCGCCUCUCUUGCACGUGGUCUCGCCCGUCUUCUUGCAGCUGCCCAGCUACGAGGAGGUGAAGUAUUUGCCCACCUACGAGGAAUCCAUGAGGCCGCCGCAGCAGCCCCUCGUCCUGCCGGUCACCAGCCUGGCCACGGGCAGCGGCAGAGGCCUAGCCGAGUCGGACUGCUGGGCCGGGGGCAGCUGAGCCGCUGGGCGCUCCUGCAGGCGCACUCCCCCAACCUCGCCUGCCCGGGGAGUGGAUUUCCCCUCCAGGGUUUCCCCCAGGCGCUGCCCACGUGGCUGGCGGGAAAGCGCCCUAUUCCGACGAGAGAGAGCUCUGAAGACGCUGGGUAGGGAUGGGGAAGGGAGUGGGGUGGCCUGGGGCCCUUUACGCCUUGCAAAGUUGCACACUUAAGAGACUUAAACUGUCGCGGAAGAGGGAGGAACGAAGGAAGGGGCGACCCUCCAACGCGCGCCCGCCAGUCAGCCUUCCAACCCCGCCGGCCUGGCCGUCUGCGAGACCCUGAUGAUUGUAUGUCUUAUCAUAAGUGCCUAGUUGAAUGUGUGAAAAGGCGUUCGGGAAGAAUUGUUGUGAUUUGCCUUUCCCCCUUCCUCCCCCGCUUUUGUCUGUCUUGCGGGGAUGCCUUGUUUUGUUUUCUGAAACCAUUUCUUGCCGCAGAUUAAAAUGAUGGAAGA